AUGGCGGCCAAAUCGACCUCCCACGACCCAGAAUAUUGUUCUAGUAGCAACCCACAUUUGAGCUGGGGGUCGAGCAGCCCCCUGGAAGGUCGCGCUGCAUCCGGGGGGAGAGAACCUAAGGCGGCGACCUGGGGCAACCUGGAGGUGGAGACUGAGGGGGAGGAGCUGAGGGAGGCGUGUGGAGUGUUUGGCUGUGUGCUGGCUAAGGACAUUUCUCCGAAUUCCAUCAGUGUCGCCCAAGUGAUAUACCUGGGUCUGGUGGCUCUCCAACACAGCCACUGCCCCACGCAGCCACUGCUCCCCCACGCAGCCACUGCCCCCACGCAGCCACUGCCCCCCACGCGCAGCUACUGCCCCCCACGCACUGCCCCCCACGCAGCAUUGCCCCCACGCAGCGCCAUUCCCCACGCAGCUACUGCCCCCACGCAGCUACUGCCCCCUCACGCAGCUACUGCCCCUCCCCACGCAGCACUGCCCCCCACGCAGCCACUGCCCCCCCCACGCAGCUACUACCCCCAGCAGCUUGUCCCUCCCCCGCAGCUACUGUCCUCCCCACGCAGCCACUGCCCCCACGCAGCACUGUCCCUCCCCACGCAGCUACUGCCCCCCACGCAGCUACUGCCCUCCACGCAACUACUGCCCCCCACGCAACCACUGCCCCCACGCAGCUACUGCCCCCAACGCAGCCACUGCCCCCUACGCAGCUACUUCACCCCCGCAGCUACUGCCCCACCACGCAGCCACUGCCCCCAACGCAGCCACUGCCCCCCCACGCAGCUACUACCCCCGCAGCUACUGCUCCCCCACCACGCAGCUACUGCCCCCAACGCAGCCACUGCCCCCUACGCAGCUACUACCCCCGCAGCCACUGCCCCCAACGCAGCACUGCCCCUACGCACUACUACCCCCCGCAGCUACUGCCCCCCACCACGCAGCCACUGCCCCCCAACGCAGCCACUGCCCCUAGCACACCCCCGCAGCACUGCCCCCAACGCAGCCACUGCCCCCACGCAGCACUCACCCCCCGCAGCUACUGCCCCCACGCAGCUACUGCCCCCACGCAGCCACUGCCCCCCACGCAGCUACUGCCCCCCCACGCAGCUCUGCCUCCCCCACGCAGUCUAUUGCCCCCACGCAGCUACUGCCCCACGCAGCCACUGCCCCCACGCAGCACUGCCCUCACGCAAAUACUGCCCUCCCACGCAGCUACUGCCCCCCACGCAGCCACUGCCCCCACGCAGCAUACCACCCGCAGCUUUGUCCCUCCCCGCAGCCACUGUCCUCCCACGCAGCUACUGCCCCCCCACGCAGCUACUGUCCCCUCCCCCACGCAGCCACUGCCCCCCACGCAGCUACUGCCCUCCACGCAACCACUGCCCCCACGCACCACUGCCCCCACGCAGCUACUGCCCCCAACGCAGCCACUGCCCCCUACGCAGCUACUACACCCCCGCAGCUACUGCCCCCACCACGCAGCCACUGCCCCCCAACGCAGCCACUGCCCCCACGCAGCACUACCCCCGCAGCUACUGCCCCCACCACGCAGCUACUGCCCCCCAACGCAGCCACUGCCCCCACGCAGCUACUACCCCUGCAGCUACUGCCCCCCACGCAGCCACGCCCCACGCAGCUACUACCCCCCGCAGCCAUGCCCCCACCACGCAGCUACUGCCCCCAACGCAGCCACUGCCCCCACGCUACUACCCCCGCAGCUACUGCCCCCCAACGCAGCCACUGCCCCCUACGCCACCCCCGCAGCUACUGCCCCCCCACGCAGCCACUGCCCCCCACGCAGCUACUGCCCCCACGCAGCCACUGCCCCCACGCAGCUACUGCCCCCACGCAGCCGCCCCACGAGCUCCCCCACGCAGCCACUGCCCCACGCAGCUACUGCCCCCUCACGCAACACUGCCCUCCCACGCAGCUACUGCCCCCACGCAGCCACUGCCCCCACGCAGCUACACCCCGCAGCUUCUGUCCCUCCCCGCAGCCACUGUCCCUCCCCACGCAGCCACUGCCCCCCACGCAGCCACUGUCCCUCCCCCACGCAGCACUGCCCCCCACGCAGCUACUGCCCCUCCACGCAACUACUGCCCCCCACGCAACUACUGCCCCCACGCAGCCACUCCCCAACGCAGCCACUGCCCCCUACGCAGCUACUACCCCCGCAGCUACUGCUCCCCACCACGCAGCUACUGCCCCAACGCAGCCACUGCCCCCUACGCAGCUACUACCCCCGCAGCCACUGCCCCCACCACGCAGCUACUGCCCCCCAACGCAGCCACUGCCCCCCUACGCAGCUACUACCCCCGCAGCUACUGCCCCCAACGCCACUGCCCCUACGCAGCUACUACCCCCGCAGCUACUGCCCCCCACCACGCAGCUACUGCCCCCCACCACCCCCAACGCAUCUUCUGGCCCCCAAACACAGGUGUUGACCCUCUACCACAGAUACUGAACUUUCACCACACGUACUCGACGCCUCCACCACAGAUACUGACCCUCCACCACAGAUACUGA